GGCAAGUUGGCAACUUGUAUAACACGAAAUGUCAAAUUUAAUCCAAUCAAUUUCAAUUUGUCUGACAAAUUUUGUCAAAACUACUGUCAAAGUAUCGAGUGUUUUCGCAAAUAUUUAUUUUGUAAAUAAAAAUAUAAAGCAAUGUAUACAGAGGUAGACGUUUUUGUGAGUAAUUACACAUUGAUAGAUCCCGAGAUAUAUCAGUUGUGGAUAGAAGGAUGUUCAUCAAGUGAAGCGGUAUCAACACUCCACCAAAGAGGGGCCGCCAAGUUGCUCGGAGCGUCUGUAGAGCUCAUCGCAAGUGAUGUUCUGGACCAUUACAGAACCUUUGCCCUCCUGGAGCGUCUUCUGACUGUACCAUCCAAGUUAUCUGAGCAGAUGAUAUUCCAGCUGGAUGAUCCAACCAAACAGAUGCUUAUUGAGAAGUAUUAUGACUUGGAUGAUGCAGUGAUCCGUGAACUUCUGGGGAGGAAGCUCUCCUCAAGACACAGGAAGGAUUUAGAUGAGGUGGCGGACCGGUCGGGCGCUCCGCUGCGGUGCUGCAGGCGACAAUUCGACAACGUGCGGCGCGUUUUCAAGGCAGUCGAGGAAAUGCCCGGCAACGUCGUGGUCAACAUACGGACCACAUUCCUUCUGUCGGAGCCACUUGCCAAAAAGUAUGCGGCGGUUGUGUUCAUAGCUUGCAUGAGGUUCGAAACAGCCAAGAGAAAACUACAGUACUUGACGUUCAAUGACUUUUAUCAUUGUGCUCAGGCUAUAAUGGCAAGCUGGACGUACUCCUGCACAGGUCCUGAAUACUACGACACAGAGAUGGACCGCGAGUUCCUGUUGGAGUUACGGGAGCUGAGGAUUCUGCUGGACAAGGAGAAAGAACAUAAACAUUUGAUAUGUAUGCGUUUGAAGCCGAAACUGCUAGAGAAAUCGUAUCAAGAACUGGAACUCAACUUUAGAUUGUACACGCGUGCGCUGGUGGGCGUGGCUUGUAAUCUACACAGAGGUCGGGAGCUUAGGUCGCUCUUUAUAGACCUCCUAGAAAGAUGCAUAGAGCCUCUGCGGCUGGGUUGUUGGCCCAAAAUAGACUUGGCUCAGUUCCUGUGUGCUUACGAACAGUGCGCGUUGCAGAUGGACGUGCUCAGGGAGGCAGAUUUGAAGAGCGUGUGGGAGAGGUACAUGCGCGUGAUAAGCCAGUGUCUACUAACCAUGUACCAUGCUUAAACAAAAAAUAAACAGUCUGGACAUUCUGAAGAAAUCCUAGCUGAUGUUUCCGUCUGUAAAAUCUUUAUUUCAUGUUCAGCCUAUAAAAUAAAGAAAUAUUGUAUAAAACAUCAAUAAAUUGUGAAUAAAUAAUAAUGACUACACGCUACUCUUUACAAAAAAUAUUCGUAAAUUGCGUAGAUAUUUUUGUGAAUACUAUGGUCUAGAGCACUGAUUUCCCAAAGUGAUCCAGGUGAACCCCCAGGGGUCCACGAGAGACUUAACAAGGUCCACGUUGGCGGGACAAAUAAAUGGGGGUUUACAAUUCGCAAGCAGGGGUCCACGAAAAAUGUAUUUGAAGUGAUAGUAAAGUACUAAAAUGUUGGCUUGACUUCACAUAUCAAUGUAGGCAGAUAUUGAUAGGGUUCGUAAGAAACAAGAUGACCCCAACAUAACAUCUAAAAUCAUGGAAGGUGUCUAUGAUAAAAAAACUUUGGGAACCUCUGCUCAAGAGUGAUUCUGUGUGUGAUGUGAUACUAUGUAUGUGAUUGUUGCUUAUUUAUAUAUUUAUUACUGAGUAAGUAGGGAAGGAGAACUAAUGGCAUGCGUACAGCUAGACAGACAAAAUAAUUUAACCACGUCAAUAACUAUAGGGAAUGUGUGUCAAACAAAGCAUGGUCGGGACCGAAAAAGAGGUCGCCAAGUAAGGGGACCUCAAUAGCUAACGCCGACGCUGGUCAGCCAUUACACAUACAUUCUUAGGUUUUUUUUUUAAAUAGCUGCACGUUAAUAAACUGCUGUCCCGGAGUAGUGUAUACACGAGCUAGUUUCAGAAGUGUUUAGAAAUUUGUACCUAAAAAUCUUAAUGAAUUUUGCAUUUGUUACUAAUGCCCGACUGAGAACCCGAUAUUGGUAUUCGGGUCUCUCAUCAAAUGGACGUCUGCCUGACUUACUGUUGCCAUAAGAAAUAACCUGAACAAGUUCAACUUCAAAUCGCCUUAUAUUUUCGUUCUAUCUAGAGAUUUUUACUGAUAUAAUAAAAUAUGAUGAUAUGUAUGAAAUUGGAAGAGGCGAAAGUGGUGUAUCAAUAUCGUAGCAUGUGGCACUCAAUAGUCACUGCCUACCCCUGUACUAGGACGGUGUGAGUGUGUAUGUACACAAUAAAAAAUAUGAUUUACUAUAAAUUUUAUAAACUUGACGUGGUAAUAUCUUCAGCAAUUUUUGCUGCUGACCAUAUCCUUUACUACGCAGUGCGAUUCGGGAGGGGUACUAUGGCAGGUUCUUCAUUAGUGUGUUUACUGUACGAUCGGGUUAUAAUCUUAACACACUUGUUUUGAUAGUUAAUGAAAGCAAAUGUAAAAAAGGUAAUUUAAUUCUAGUAUUAAUGUGUUAUAGAAAAAAUAAAUAUUUAAAAAA